AUGUACGGAGAUAUUGUUAUUUUGAAUAUCACAGAGAAUAUGAAUGAAGGAAAGACGAUGGAAUAUUUCAAUUGGUUUGCUAAAUAUAGGAAGGAUAAUUAUAUGGUCAAAUUGGACGAUGACAGUUUCAUCCACCUUAUUCACUACUACCGUGACCUUCAAGACUUACCGAGAGAACGUGCGUACUAUGGCAAUGCUCUCAAUGCUCAGUGGUCUGAACAUAGAAUAUUUAUGGCAGGUAUGUUUAUUCCCGUUGAUCAUCAACGCUUCAUGCACUUUUCGGUCUACUUUCCUUACACUCGAAAUAAGGUUGCGGAUACACAAUCUCCCGCGACCUCGUUAUAG